GGCGGGGCCCGCCCGGGGUCACGUGAUCGCGCCGCUGCGCAGCUCGAGCGACUGGAACGGAACCGAAUCACCGGACGAAUCCGCUCCGUUUACCGGCCCAGCGCGACCCUCCGCCUCCCCGCGACGCGUCCCAGCAGCGGCAGCAUCAUGUCGGCGGUGCAGCGGAUGAAAGUGGCGAACGAGAAACACAGCAAGACGAUCACACAGAGAGGACACGUGCAGAAAACCACGCGUGUGGUGAGCGAGGAGAAGUCUCCGGUGGGUCCGUGGCUCCUCGCGCUCUUCGUGUUUGUGGUCUGUGGAUCAGCGAUCUUCCAGAUCAUCCAGAGCAUCAGACAGGGCUUGUGAGACGUCUGACUCCAGCACCGACCUUCAUGCAGUCGUCCCCCUCUUCAGCUCGUCUCUCCGUUGUUUACAGCUGAUUGUGUGUGUGUGUGUGUGUGUGUGUGUGUGUGUGUGUGUGUGUGUGUGUGUGUGUGUGUGAGUGUGUGUGUGUGUGUGUGUGUGUGUGUGUGUGUGUGUGAGUGUGUGUGU